UCUUCUAGAAAUGACUGCUGUUACUGCAGGCAACGUUAACUUCAAAUGGGACCCCAAAAGCUUGGAGAUAAGAACACUGGCAGUCGAAAGACUACUGGAGCCUCUUGUGACACAGGUAACAACACUGGUUAACACUAGCAACAAGGGUCCCUCUAACAAAAAGCGAGGGCGUUCCAAAAAGGCCCAUGUUCUGGCUGCUUCAGUUGAACAAGCAACAGAGAAUUUCCUGGAUAAAGGAGACAAAAUUGCAAAAGAGAGCCAGUAUCUGAAAGAGGAGCUGAUAGCAGCCGUGGAAGAUGUUCGUAAGCAAGGUGACCUGAUGAAAAGCGCUUCGGGGGAGUUUGCAGAUGACCCCUGCUCCUCUGUGAAACGAGGGAACAUGGUCCGAGCGGCGCGCGCCCUCCUCUCUGCCGUUACUCGCCUGCUAAUCCUGGCUGACAUGGCAGAUGUCUACAAGCUGCUUGUUCAGCUCAAAGUAGUGGAAGAAGGUAUCUUGAAACUAAGAAAUGCUGGCACGGAGCAGGAUUUGGGCAUCCAGUACAAAGCCCUCAAACCAGAAGUGGACAAGCUGAACAUAAUGGCAGCCAAAAGACAACAGGAACUGAAAGAUGUGGGUCACCGUGACCAAAUGGCAGCAGCCAGAGGAAUUCUGCAGAAGAACGUUCCCAUUCUUUACACGGCGUCCCAGGCCUGUCUGCAGCACCCUGAUGUAGCUGCUUACAAAGCCAACAGGGACUUGAUCUACAAGCAGCUUCAGCAGGCAGUCACAGGCAUAUCAAAUGCAGCUCAAGCAACUGCAUCAGAUGAUGCUGCCCAGCAGCAGGGGGGAGGUGGAGAGCUGGCUUAUGCUCUGAACAACUUUGAUAAACAAAUUAUUGUGGAUCCAUCAACCUUCAGUGAAGAACGUUUUAGGCCUUCUCUGGAAGAACGCCUGGAGAGCAUCAUUAGUGGAGCAGCCCUGAUGGCUGAUUCAUCCUGCACACGUGAUGACCGACGGGAGCGGAUUGUUGCUGAGUGUAAUGCAGUGAGACAGGCCUUGCAGGAUCUUCUUUCAGAAUACAUGGUUAACUGUCACUAUGGACUCUGGAUGGAUGAGUCCUGUGAAGCUGGACGCAAAGAAAGGAGUGAUGCACUGAACUCUGCAAUUGAUAAAAUGACCAAAAAGACCAGAGACCUGCGCAGACAGCUCCGCAAAGCUGUUAUGGACCACGUAUCAGACUCUUUUCUGGAAACAAAUGUUCCACUUUUAGUAUUGAUUGAAGCUGCCAAGAAUGGGAAUGAAAAAGAAGUUAAAGAAUAUGCCCAAGUUUUCCGUGAACAUGCCAACAAACUGAUUGAGGUUGCCAACUUGGCCUGUUCCAUCUCAAACAACGAAGAAGGUGUGAAAUUGGUUCGCAUGUCAGCAAGCCAGCUUGAAGCCCUGUGUCCCCAGGUCAUCAAUGCUGCACUGGCACUGGCUGCUAAACCCCAAAGCAAACUGGCUCAAGAAAAUAUGGAUCUCUUCAAAGAGCAGUGGGAGAAGCAAGUCCGCGUGCUAACAGAUGCUGUCGAUGACAUCACUUCCAUUGAUGACUUCCUGGCUGUAUCAGAGAAUCAUAUUUUAGAAGAUGUAAACAAAUGUGUCAUUGCUCUCCAAGAAAAAGAUGUUGAUGGUUUAGACCGCACAGCUGGUGCAAUUCGAGGACGUGCUGCUAGAGUCAUUCAUGUUGUCACUUCUGAAAUGGAUAACUACGAGCCUGGAGUCUACACUGAGAAGGUGUUGGAAGCCACAAAGUUACUGUCCAACACAGUUAUGCCACGGUUUACUGAACAAGUAGAAGCUGCUGUGGAAGCCUUGAGUUCAGACCCUGCCCAGCCAAUGGAUGAAAAUGAAUUUAUUGAUGCAUCCCGACUGGUGUACGAUGGAAUACGAGACAUCAGGAAGGCCGUGCUGAUGAUCAGGACUCCUGAGGAGCUGGAUGAUUCUGACUUUGAGACUGAGGACUUUGAUGUCCGAAGCAGGACAAGUAUUCAGACUGAAGAUGAUCAGCUCAUUGCUGGACAAAGUGCAAGGGCUAUCAUGGCUCAGCUCCCUCAAGAGCAGAAAGCUAAGAUUGCUGAGCAAGUUGCAAGCUUCCAGGAAGAAAAGAGUAAAUUGGAUGCUGAAGUAUCAAAAUGGGAUGACAGUGGUAAUGAUAUCAUUGUUCUGGCAAAACAAAUGUGUAUGAUUAUGAUGGAAAUGACAGACUUCACCAGAGGUAAAGGUCCACUGAAAAAUACAUCAGAUGUGAUUAGUGCAGCCAAGAAGAUUGCAGAGGCUGGGUCAAGGAUGGACAAGCUGGGACGGACUAUUGCUGACCACUGCCCGGACUCCGCGUGCAAACAGGACCUCCUGGCCUACCUGCAGCGCAUCGCCCUCUACUGCCACCAGCUGAACAUCUGCAGCAAAGUGAAGGCUGAAGUGCAGAACCUCGGCGGAGAGCUGGUUGUGUCUGGGGUGGAUAGUGCCAUGUCCCUCAUCCAAGCAGCCAAGAACCUGAUGAAUGCGGUGGUGCAAACCGUGAAGGCUUCCUACGUGGCAUCCACCAAGUACCAGAAGUCCCAGGGCAUGGCCUCCCUCAACCUGCCCGCCGUCUCCUGGAAGAUGAAGGCUCCAGAGAAGAAACCUCUGGUCAAGAGGGAGAAACAAGACGAAACCCAAACGAAAAUCAAGAGAGCAUCCCAGAAGAAACACGUGAGCCCAGUGCAGGCCCUCAGCGAGUUCAAGGCCAUGGAGAGUAUUUAAAGAGAGGUGUGUGUCUUGGUGGUUAUGUUUUUUUUUUCUCUAGCCCACUACUGCUACUUCCAGAACUCUACUUUGAAUAUUCUAAGGAUUUUUUCAAAAGUUUACUAUUCCUCAAAAUGUAUUUACUUAAUAUAAUUUUGAUAACUUGGUUUAGAUUACGUGGGGAGAUGAUACUCAAAUGUCUAAGUCCUACCAGUGUAGCCUCAGCCUGUGGACGUGUGCCAACUUAGAUUGCUUUUAGAUUCCAGAGGUGUAACUUCUAGCAGAGAAUCAUUUUGUAUAAUCUUGCUUUAAAUAAAAUAUUCUAUAAACAA